AUGGCGGCCCCCGAAAAGACUCCCACAUCCCCAGAUGCCCACCGCGCGCUUCCAGACAAGAAAGCCGUGGAAGCGGCUGGCGAGCUUCUAAUCAAAGACGAAAAGGGCAACGAGAUUGCCUUUAAAUCGCUCUACUCCGACAAGCCUGCCGAUGAGAGACAACUCAUUGUUUUCGUUCGACACUUUUUCUGCGGCUCCUGUGAACUCUACGCCCAAGCACUCGCACGGGAUCUCCCCGUAGAGGCACUGGCAGCCAACAAAAUCACACUCACAAUCAUCGGAUGCGGAGAGCCCAUUUGCAUCGCUGAUUGGCGAAAGCGAACGGGAUGUCCUUAUCCCCCCCACACGGAGCCCAAGCACCGACUACAAGACACAUUGGGCCCCCCCAACCCCCCCAGAGCCAUGCCCGAUAAAUUCCCCGAGUACCACUCCAAAAGCCUGUUCCAAGUAAUCAAAGAUUCCACAUGGCAUGCACUCUCCUCCGGACCUAAAAAGGCCUUGUCAGGCGGUCCCGCAUCGCAGCAAGGAGGCGAGUGGCUUUUCCAGAAUGGAGAGGUUAAAUUCGUGCACCGUAUGAGGAACUCGGCCGAUCACGUCGACACCAAAGAGCUGAAAAUGGUUCUUGAAAUCAACGAGUAA